CUGUGGCAACGUGAAGCGGACCACGCUGUGUCCCCUCGCCGCUGCCUCUGCCGUCCUUCCUCGAACCGGAAACCAUGAACCGCAGUCGCCAAGUGACCUGCGUGUCUUGGGUGCGCUGCGGCGUGGCCAAGGAGACGCCUGACAAGGUAGAACUAAGUAAAGAAGAAGUAAAACGCCUCAUUGCUGAAGCAAAGGAAAAAUUGCAAGAAGGUGGGAGUGAUGAUGAGUCAACAGGUGAUCCCACAGAAGAUAGUAUGCAGAGUGCCCGGACCCAGGCUCAGCCACAAGAGGAAGAUGGCGACCCGGAGGAUGACCGGGCACUGGAGGACGACGAGCUGGCCGAGUACGACUUAGACAGAUACGACGAAGAGGGUGACCCAGAUACUGAAACUCUUGGUGAGUCUCUCCUGGGUCUGACAGUCUAUGGGAGUAAUGAGCAGGACCCUUAUGUCACCCUGAAAGAUACGGAGCAAUAUGAGCGUGAAGACUUUGUGAUCAAACCCACAGACAACCUCGUGGUUUGUGGCAGAGCUGAACAGGACCAGUGCAACUUAGAGGUGCAUGUUUACAAUCAUGAAGAAGAUUCUUUUUAUGUGCACCAUGAUAUACUGCUGUCUGCAUACCCUUUGAGUGUGGAAUGGCUGAAUUUUGAUCCUAGCCCAGAUAAUUCUACUGGAAAUUACAUCGCUGUGGGAAACAUGACUCCUGUCAUUGAAGUGUGGGACCUGGAUAUAGUUGACUCUCUGGAGCCAGUCUUCACACUUGGAAGUAAGCUUUCAAAGAAGAAAAAGAAAGGAAAGAAGAGUUCCUCAGCAGAGGGCCACUCAGAUGCUGUCCUUGACCUUUCCUGGAAUAAGCUCAUCAGAAAUGUCCUUGCGAGUGCAUCAGCUGACAGCACUGUGAUUCUAUGGGAUAUGUCUGUGGGGAAGCCAGCAGCUAGCCUCGCUGUGCACUCAGACAAGGUACAGACCCUGCAGUUUCAUCCAUUUGAAGCACAAACUCUGAUUUCUGGAUCAUAUGAUAAGUCAGUGGCGCUCUACGACUGCCGAAGUCCAGAGGAGAGUCACCGCAUGUGGCGCUUCAGUGGGCAGAUUGAGCGAGUCACGUGGAAUCACUUCUCGCCGUGUCACUUUUUGGCCAGUACAGAUGAUGGUUUUGUGUAUAAUUUGGAUGCACGUUCAGAUAAGCCAAUUUUUACACUUAAUGCACACAACGAUGAGAUCUCUGGGCUUGACCUAAGCAGUCAGGUCAAGGGCUGUCUUGUCACGGCAUCGGCAGACAAGUAUGUGAAGAUCUGGGACAUCCUGGGAGAUCGACCCAGCCUGGUUCACUCCAGGGACAUGAAAAUGGGAGUUCUCUUCUGCUCUUCAUGUUGCCCUGAUUUGCCAUUUAUGUAUGCUUUUGGAGGUCAGAAAGAGGGACUUCGGGUCUGGGAUAUAAGCACCGUCUCUUCAGUAAAUGAAGCAUUUGGAAGAAGAGAAAGGCUUGUUCUCAGCAAUGCAAGAAACUCAUCAGUUAAUGGCCCUUUUGGGAGCAAGAGUUCAGACAUACCGAUGGAGUCAUAGUGAGAUCAGUCUCUUUUUUUAUGGUAACUCAGUGUCAAAAACAAUCUAAAAUAUUUCAUAAAAUGACUGAAACAACUCAUUCCUACAACCUCACGUCCCUCCCUGAAGAAUGAUGGCAGUGGAAAUAAGGCUGGCCUGUGUGCUUCUGAUUUGAGUUUGUGGAGUAG